AUGGCGAAUCAGGAAAAAGACGAUCUCGUCCUCGAUCUCCCGAAGUUUCUCAAUUCCUCCGCCGUCGAGAGUCUCUCCGAUGACAUCAUCUCCUCGGACGUUUCGCGCUCUCUGAUUCCGCCGCCUCGCACGCUCACGUUGGAGACUGAUUCCGAUGAUCUUGUCGCGGAUGGUUUAGUUCUCGUCGAUGGCAACGUUUUGUCGCCAGCGGAUGGGUCUCUUGGUGAAGGUUCGCGUUACUGUAUUGGAGAUUGUAUCAAUCAAGAUGACUACUACAAUGAUCUUGAUGAUGAUGAAGAUGACUACUACAAUGAUCUUGAUGAUGGUGAUACUGAUGAUGAAGAUGACUACUACAAUGAUCUUGAUGAUGAGCUUGUUCCAAGGAUCGUGAGCAAUAAGCUUAAAAGACAGAGGAUUCAGAAAUUGGGAAAGAGAUGUUCGUCGUAUUCACAGUUGAAACCUGGGUGUGUUCAUGGCAAGCAUGGGUUUGGCAUCAAUUUCAGAUGAUGAUCCGUUCGAUUUCUUGAAAAAAAUUCAUCAAUGAAACGGUUUAGAUUUCUCAUUUUUUUUUGUGUGUGUGUAAUUGGUAGCGUUGGAUCUUUGCUCAUUGAUUUGUUCUUGGAUAGUUCAGUUUCUGCAAUCUUGU